CUACUGUCCUCCACCGCUGAGUAACUACCUGCGAGAUAUUCCACGAGAGAAGCACGUAUGAAUCAGUUGUAAACAUCGAGGAAGCGGCGUUCAUUCAUCCACUCAACUCAACCAAUCCUUACAUGGCCCCACCUUUGAUUCAAUUUCGAACUAAUCUGGAGUUUGUUGCCGGAGCUGUUGUCUCGUCUUUGAAAGAGUACCACGGCUUGUAACGUCAGCCAUUGCAGAAUGGGAAGCUUGCGAAGUAGGUUUCUCGCAAGCUAGUCAUUUUGUGGUUCGAAUGUAAUGUGCCAGAAGUUUCGGUUCGCUCAAGUAUGAAGCAUUGUCAAUAUCCUCGAAGCACUGUCUCCUUCUCAACACUUCGUAACCUGUAACUUCAACUAAAUAUAUCUAAGUUGCUCGAUCAAACCACUCCAUGAAGUCGAGCUUCCAAGCUUUGUUCAAUGGAGGCUUUCAAAAAUUUUAUCAAUGCUGCAAAAUUGUACUAUAUCCUGGCCGCAUACGCCCAUGCCAGCACACACACUCAUGAAUUAAUACUGGUCUUCUUCGCAGAUGGAACCAAUGGCAAGUGGUAACUUACCUCCAGGGUUCGAUGCAACUUCUUGUCGUAGCGUGUAUGUAGGCAACAUACACUCCAGGGUUACCGAGGGUCUUCUAGCUGAGGUGUUCGCCAGUUUAGGUCCACUGGAGGGCUGCAAACUGAUAAGGAAAGACAAGUCAUCGUAUGGAUUCGUUGAUUAUUUCGACCACCGAUCUGCUGUAGCUGCAUUAUCAACUCUGAAUGGCAGGCAAAUGUUUGGGCAAUCUAUCAAAGUAAAUUGGGCAUAUGCGAGCGGACAAAGAGAGGAUACAACAGCAGGGCAUUUCAAUGUAUUUGUGGGAGACUUAAGUGCGGAGGUAACCGAUGCAACUCUGUUCGCCGCAUUCUGCAUCUACCCCAGCUGCUCAGAUGCACGAGUUAUGUGGGAUCAACGCUCAGGUCGCUCUAGGGGUUUCGGCUUUGUUUCUUUCAGAAGUCAGCAGGAAGCCGAGAGUUCUAUAUCGGAGAUGACGGGAAAGUGGCUUGGGACCCGACCGAUUCGUUGCAACUGGGCUGCUAAGACGAAUAACACCAUUCAGGCGGAUGAAAGUAAAUUGACUACACGCGGGUUAACUGUGAACUGCAAAGUGGAUCAGAGGGUGGGGCUUCAAUCACCAAUCGGACAAGAUGUGCGGUCAGAGGAUCGUCAAGAUAGUUCUGCCGGAGAUGGACCAGAAAUCAAUUCCCAGUAUACCACAGUUUAUGUGGGCAAUCUUUCUCAACAGAUAACACAAGCAGAGCUUCACCGUCAGUUCCACUCACUGGGAGCCGGCGUGAUAGAGGAUGUGCGGGUGCAGAAAGAGAAGGGCUUUGGUUUUGUGAGAUACCGCACCCAUGCAGAGGCUGCUUUUGCAAUUCAGGCUGCCAAUGGUAGGGUAAUUUGGGGCAAGUCUUUGAAGUGUUCGUGGGGCAGCAAGCCCACGCAGCCAGGAGCGUCCUCUGCACCACUUCCCUCACCGCCUUCGGUGGGCCAUUAUCAAGGAAUCAUGGCAUCCGGAGUAAACCUCGGAUAUGGUGUGGCCGACAUAUUAGCUUAUCAAAAUUUGACACGGGCUGGUGCUGGUCGUGCUCUGCUGCCCGUACCCCACCAGAGUUUGGGAAUGGGUUUGGUGCAAAGUCCUGCUUUAGGAGGCCCUGGAAGUCGGGGUAUAUGUGAUAGUUUUCAGCCUGAAGUGGGCUUGAUGUCUGGGACAUUGGGCCAGCAACACAUUUUCCAUUAGGGUAAAAGAACCAAACCGAAUCAAAAAUAUUAUUUCUUUUCCAAGAAAUGAAGAAUACCUGGAAGAGGAGACAAGUGUCAAGCAGAUAUUCUGUGCAUUCUAGCCAGUUAUGAUUAUAGAGGGCUGCAAGAGAGAUUCAGAAUGGACAUAACAACCAAGUCUUUCACACAGGCUUCUCACUGCUCUGUUUUUGAAGCAUUGGAACGUGGCUGACAGAUGGAAAAAAAAUAAACUAGUGUAGUUGGGUACUGCAACUUCUAGAGCUGAAUAACCAAAUAUGCUGUUGCAAAACCUAUGUAACUCAAGUAGUCGAAGGGGAGCUAGGGAACAAGACAUACCAGGUAUAGAAUUGAAAGACAUCCACUCAGAUUAGAAGGACAGGAGGUCAUACAGAAUUGUAUCCUGAUUGUUUCUCAACGAACUUCAAGCAGCAUUUCCAUGACACAGAA